GAACGAAGACACCUCUUCGCUGCACGUGGGGGAGACCAGCAAAGUCAUGUUUGCCCGGCUCCUCUCUGUACGCUCCAGCGUCGGGCUGCCUGGGCUGAGAGAUGCGAGCAGGCACACCUCCGGAUGAGCAGACGCGCGGGCUUGGGGAUGGCAUCCCGAUAGCGCUCGGUUGAGGGACCGGCAACGACAUGGGACAGUGCUGCUGUAAAUACAGAAGGAAGUCACCCCAGCAAGCAAGAGGCGCUGCUGGGGACCGGGACAGGAUGCCUGUCAAUCAUGAAGCAUUCCUCCUCAUGGCAAACACCCAGAACGACAUGGAGGACUGGGUAAAAGCUAUUAGGCGAGUGAUAUGGGCUCCGUUUGGUGGAGGUAUAUUUGGCCAGCGCUUGGAGGACACCGUACAGUAUGAACGCAAGUUUGGGAAGAGGCUGGCUCCUUUACUGGUUGAACAGUGCGUGGAUUUUAUCCGGGAGCACGGCCUGAAUGAAGAGGGGCUGUUUCGUAUGCCUGGACAAGCCAACUUGGUCAAAGAGCUUCAGGAUUCAUUUGACUGUGGAGAAAAGCCAUUGUUUGACAGUGACACUGACGUUCACACCGUAGCCUCCCUGCUGAAGCUGUACCUCCGGGAGCUGCCUGAGCCAGUCAUACCGUUUGCCAAGUACGAGGACUUCCUCUCGUGCGCGCAGCUGCUGGCCAAGGACGAGGAGGAGGGAAUCCAAGAGCUGACCAAACAGGUGAUAAGUCUGCCUCAUGCCAAUUACAACCUCCUAGAUUAUAUAUGCAGCAAACUGCUUUGCAGGUUCCUGGAUGAAGUUCAGUCCUACUCAAGCGUUAAUAAGAUGAGUGUUCAAAACCUAGCUACGGUGUUUGGACCAAACAUACUGCGUCCAAAAAUAGAAGACCCAGUGACCAUCAUGGAAGGCACAUCGCUUGUGCAGUCCCUAAUGACGGUGCUGAUCAGCGAACACCACAGGCUCUUUCGCAUCAGUCACAGCGAGAUCCUAGCAGCGCACGUCGAAGUGAAGGCUCAGGCGAGGCGCGCCCUGGUGGAGUGGGUAUCCGAAGGGGAGUUCGAAGGGCCAAAGACGGACAAGAGCGACAACUACACGGAGAGCGUCUCCAACAGCGGCACGUCGCUGGACGUCAACGUCAGCACCCCUGUGGCUGGCUCGAAAAGCACCUCUCAGGAGCGAGCCGACAAGCAGCUCCACACCACCCACAGCCCGAGAAGGAUCCAAACGCUCCCCACGUGGAAAUAUUCGUUCAAGCACACCGGCGGGCGGGCGGGCAGCGCCAAGCUAGGAGGCUCGACGUUAGACAUCCCGAACUUAGCAGCCAGCGGCAACUGGCUGAUGAACGGCCUGUCCUCGCUCCGGGGGCACCGGCGGACCUCGUCCGGGGAGCGAGCGAAAGAGUUGGGCUCAUCCCAGCGCUUGUCGACGUAUGACAACGUGCCGUCGUCGAGCCUCUCCCUGAGUGUGGGCGACAGGCAGAGCGCGGCCAGCACGGCCUGGUCGACCUCCUCCUGCGAGAUCUCGGUCGCGGACUCCGCCGGCAGCUCCGCCCUCGGCCGGGAGAGCGACUCUUCAGCUCUCGACUGCGCCAAAGCGGACUGGCCGGUGCGGGUCACCCAGCCGCUGAACGAAGCGCGGGGGGGCGCGGAGGACAGCAGGAUCGAGCGUUUUGAGGUGUCCGUCAGCAGCGGGGGCUGCAGCGACAACAGUGACUUAGCGACGCUGUCUCACAGCUCGGCCGUGUGUUCGAAAGCACUUCAGGGCUUGGUCACCGAGCUCAAGUCGGAACUGAGCAAACAGAGGGCGGAGUACGAAAACAGGAUCAAGAGGCUUGAAGAAUCCAGCACGGUGCUGAGAUUGCAGGUGAGCAGACUGGAAGAAGAGUUGGACCAAGGGAAAAAGAAGUACACCAUGCUCGAAAUAAAGGUGCGCAACGCAGACAGGGCACGGGACGAUGCCGAGCAGAGAAACCAACUGCUGCAGAAGGAGAUGGAGGCCUUUUUUGCCACAUUAGGAAAUUUAACACAGGGAUUCGGGGAAACGAAACCCAAAUAGACGAGAGCUGCAAGACAUUUUCCUUUCUUUUAAAGUUCCGAACCGGCAAGACUAUGAAGACACUGUGUUUACAUAUUUCAUUGACUUUUUAUAUAAGAACUUGUGCAUUUAUUUUUAAUUUUGUGAAUUCAUUCACGAGGCAAUUCCAAAUUUUUUUUUUUGUAUGAUCUUGUUCGUUCGUUUCAGUCCAAGAUAUCACACACAACAGAGAAAAAAAAAUUCCUUCAGGAAAACGUCAGGGAUUUAUAUUGGCUCCCUGUUCAUCUCCCUUUUUCCUCACAGGCUUCAUCACACUGGGCACAGUGGGAAUCCACACGGUCUGUAUCUUACCCCGAGGUGCCCAUUGCCUAGUAUUCCCUCCAGGGGCAUUCUUUCCAGUUGACAAAAUGGAUGUUUACACCUAGACACUUGAGCAGCAUCAGCGACCUGGAUUUGCGGCAAAAGAGAAACGUCCCUCUUGCCCCACGGACACAGCUUUUUGAGCUGAGGAGCCAGACUGUAAUGUAUUUAAUUAUGAGCACAAGUGUCUCCUGCUGAAGAGCUCUGGACGGAUUUUGUAAUGCUGACCUAGAUGCCGAAUGCAGCUAUCUGGAUAUGUGCCAGCAAGUCCAGUCAGUGAGGCUAAACCUGGGGACGUUAGUGAGUGUGGGGGGAGGUGGGGGGGGG